AUGAAUCGUCGUCGCAAGCCAAACAUUCCUGAGUUAGUCUUCAAGUUCCUCGUCGCGGACCAGGCUGCUCGCGACACAAAACGUACCCUCGCAACUGACUGUCGUUGCGGCCAAGAGAAAUACCGCGACGAAGUCGUAGAAUCCGCAGAUAUUCCACGAAUUGCCGGCAAGAGUAUGGGUUACGGAGUGCGCAAGGACAGCGAUAGGGUCGCAAAAUCGCACGUUACCAAGCGACGUCCCACCUCCAAGGAUCUACCUAUUUCAUUCCUGCAGAAAUGCGUCGGCGGCGAAGGUACGAGGAAGGCGAGAAAAUACAUUAAGAAGGCAUUGGAUUUUGGCGUCGAAUCGGGAUAUCUUAUACCUUCCGAUCCCAUGUACAAAGUCCUACGUGUAUCUUCCGACCUGAUGAAAAGCGAUUCGCGGAAGAACAGGAUUAGUACGGGCGACCAGACUCUCUCUAAGGAACGUGACACUCCGGUCAGACUCGACGACUUACAGGUGCAAGAGCAGCGAAGGAGACGACGGAGGCGAAGGAGGUAG